AUGGGAGCUUGUAUGUCUGAACAAAACCUUAAAAGUUCUGUGAAAUCUACCACCUAGGUAACCAAGGCAGCGACUAUUUCAAUGAAAGGAGAAAGGUUCAAGGAACAUUAGACUAUUAAUGAUUCUCAUUCAUCAUAAUAAAAUGGCCAUUAUUAAAAUGGAAGUACUCAGAAUAAUUUGAGUAACGGGGAUAAUUAGAUCAAUGAUACUAAAAAUCAUAACAAGCCCUUAGCUCCUAUUUAAUAAAAUGGGUAGAUUUAAUCUCCAACUAAGAAACGAGCAGCAUAGAGCAAUAGCAAAUGCAAAAAACAUAAGAAAGUUAGAGCUAGUAUUCAUAAUCAUCACACUCUUCAUAGAAGAAAGAACUUUUUGGAGCCUUGGAGUUGUUCAGCAUAGUUCGGUGACGGUGCAGGUUGUAAGAGUGAAAAUCCAAAUUUCCUUCCAGGAAUGGGUAUAAAGAAGUGGAUUUGCAAGGAAUGCCCCUACUUUUUGUGCAAAGAAUGCGUCAAGUUUUACACAGAGAAGUACCAUAAUGAAAGCAGCUCGAGCGAUAGUGACUGA